CGGUCACGGGCUGGCUCUACUUAAACAGCCCCACCCACCGUCCCACCGUGAGCCAUUGCCCUCCACCUCGCCUCGACCCUGCCUUCACGUAGAAGCACACCAAGACCAAGCUAUCUGACGUUAGUCCUCGGAUCCGACCGACCACGACCGGAGAAGCUCCAUCCACCAUGGACGGCAACAAGACUGCCGCCCGGCCGGCCAGCCUACGGGCGUUCUACAUCGCCCGCGCCACCGUCGUCGUCUUCGCCUUGGCCACAGCGGCCGACUACGUACUCGACCGCUACCACCUCUGCAGCAGCCAGAGCCAGGCUUCCUUCCUCCUGCCGUGCGUCAGGGCGACGGCGGCGGCCGCCGCGGAGUGGAGGGCCCUCUGGCUCGGCAUGCUCUUCUGCGCAGUGCUCGAGGCGGCCGUCGCGGCGCUGGCGCUGCGGCUCCCAUGCCGCCACCGCGCCCUCGCCUACCUCCACCGCGCGCUGACCAUCGUCCGCCACUACAUGUACGUCCGCGCCGCCCGCAUCUUCCUCGCCGCCGACCCAGGAGUCUACCUCACCGGGAUCUGCAUCGGGAGCGCCUGCAACUUCAUAACGGACGACGUCUUCAGCUUCAUGGGGCUUUUCCGUUUUGGAGGCGAGGUGUGAGGAGUUCAGCUAGAGCUGCGCUGCAGGGGAUCAUGCCCAUGCCCGUGGACCAGCUCAUGAGGUACUGCGACUAGUUCUAACUUCCAAGGGAUAAUAAGCACGUUCUGUAUGUGCGAAUCGAUAUCGUACUCUAGCCAGUACUAUGCAUUAUGAUCGAGUGCCGUGUGUGUGAAUCGAUCUGCUAGUGUGAUGUUAAUCGGACCGAUCAACUGUACUAGUCGGUCCAUUUGGGCUGUACUGUAUGAGACAUCAGUUAUCUGUAUGAGUCAGUACGUGAGCCAUUGUUUUGCAUUCA